GCAAAAAGAACAGAGUUGAGAAAAUGUCUACUCAAGAAGACGAUGACGAAGAUAUAGAUCCCGUUAAAAUGAUCUUGCCUCACGAACAAGAGGAAGGGAAGAGCCUCACUACGCUAGGUGACGGUGCAGCGAAGCAACAACUGCAGGAGCAUCAUAUCCGUUCGGUCGAGUCAACGGUGGUGAUUAGACAGCUUCCUUCUGAAGGGCUUUCCUUCCAGCUAUGGCCAGCUGCUACGACUCUAGUCACUCUUCUUGACAACCAUCGCCGUCACCCUAGCAAAAGCCCCCUCGCAACCACCGUAACCGCUUUGUCCAACGGUGAUAAUGAUCGGAAAUUGAAAAUCCUUGAGCUUGGCUCUGGUACUGGCCUUGUUGGGAUCGCCGCAGCGGUCACGCUAGGAGCUGAAGUGACGGUGACGGAUUUGCCACACGUCGUCCCCAACCUUCAAUUCAACGUCGACGCAAAUGCUGACGUUGUGGCUCAAAAAGGUGGGACCGUCAACGUGGCUCCGUUGAGGUGGGGAGAGGAUGAUGACUUGGAGGUUAUCGGCCGAGAAUUUGAUCUCGUAUUGGCUUCUGACGUGGUUUAUCAUGAUCAUCUUUUCGAGCCUCUGAUCCAAACACUGCAUUCUCUGUUGAACGGGGGAGGAGGAGGUGGUGGGAAGAAAGUUUUUGUCCUGGCUCAUCUGAGGAGGUGGAAAAAGGACUCUGUGUUUUUCAAGAAAGCGAAGAAGCUUUUUGGUGUUGAGACUAUACAUGCGGACCCACCAAGGGACGGGUCUAGGAUUGGGGUUGUUGUUUAUCGUUUUGUUGGAAAAAGCUAGAAAUUGAACGAGCUAAGCCAAAUGUAAAAGAGUUUUUGAUGAUUGAAAUAGCAAAAUAUUGUUGAAAAAGUUAAUGAAAUUGAUGGCUCUGUU